CUUCAUCAUCUUACCAAAAACUUAAAAAAUUCGAAUUGUGUAAUCACCACAAAACAUUCCUAUUUUUCAUUUUUAGUCAAAAUGUAACACAUUUGUCUAAUUUUCCAUAGUACAAGUAGUAAAGUUUUGCAGAACUAGACAUUAAUAAGCAUGACGUCGUUGUUGUACAAAUAAUUUUCUGAACGGCGAUACAUAACCUUUCAAUUCGAAAUGUUAGCGCAAAAUAAAAAAAUGUUCUGUGAAGUUUUCCGUACAAUUUAUACGACAUCUCGAGUUAGUGCUAAUCAUUACGACGUACUUGGAGUUACACCGAAGGCAACACAAAAUGAUAUUAAAUCUGCUUACUAUAAAUUGUCGAAACUAUACCAUCCUGACAAAUCAAAGGAUGAAGAAUCUGCAAAAAAAUUUAGAGCUAUCACAGAAGCAUAUGAAGUCCUAGGCAAUAUUAGUCUUAAAAAAAUGUAUGAUAAAGGUCUUCUGGUGGGUAGAUCAAGUAUCACUAGGUCAGAGUAUAAGCCUGAAGAAGAACCUACAGACCCAUCAUUGAAAUUCUAUAAGUCUCGAAGAGACAGGAAUGUUGUACCCACCAUGGAUGGUAGAACACCAAUCUAUGAUUUUGAUGCUUGGUCCAAACAACAUUAUGGUGAUUUAUUGAAGAAACAACAAGUAAAGAAACAGGAUGUCAGACAUCGAAAACAGAGGGCAGUAGAUUCUGCUAAUCAAGAAAUGGUGAUUUAUUCAAUGUUUGCCCUUGGUACACUCUUCAUGGCUUUAAUAGUUUAUGGUACCUCUGAUUAUGAUGUUGUUGAUGAUGAAAUACAAAAAAAUAAUGCAAAACUACAGAAUGGACAAAAUAUGGAGUCUAAAUCUAAAAGUUGAUUAGUAUGUUUGCCAUUUAAAACUUGCCCAUAUUAAUUUAUAAUUACUGCUGUAUGAAUAUAUAUAGAUACCUAGCAAAUAAAUGUAUAAAUUGUAAAUAGCAAUACAUAUAUCAUUAGUUAUUGUAGUAAAUUAUUUUAUUUUAAAUAAAAAUAAUGUUUUCUAA